AUGGCUUUGACCGACGAGCAACUCCGAGCUAUCUCAAUAGCAGAAAGAGUGGGAGGUAGCUCUUCUCUGCUGGGCUGUGCGUUUAUUGUAACGACCUAUUGUGCUUCUACCGCUUUUCGUAAGCCGGUCAACAGGCUAAUCUUUUAUGCGUCGUUUGGAAAUGCUUUCUCCGCCGUUGCGUCACUGAUGAGCGGGGAUGGAGUUACAGAGGGCCGGAAUUCUGCCUUAUGUCAAGCACAAGCAUUCUUCAUCCAAUAUUGGAUGCCAACGGACUCAUUAUGGUCCUUUUGUAUGGCUGCUAAUAUAUAUCUUGCUUUUUACCGGAAAUACUCAGCAGAAAACCUCAAAAAGCUUGAAAAGUGGUACUUUCUUCUAUGCUACGGGUUGCCACUGGUUGUCGCAACGGUUCUGAGCCUCGUAAAAUCUACUGAAAGGGGAAGAGUCUAUGGGCCAGCCUUGAUAUGGUGCUCAAUUGCAGAACCGUGGCAAUUUCUUCGCCUAGCGUGCUUCUAUGGCCCAGUGUGGGUGGUGAGUAUCGCAACUUUUGCGAUCUAUGCCACAGCCGGCCUCCGCAUUUAUCGACAAUUCAAGGCUUUACGAGUGGCUAAAGAGACUCAGCCUGUCAGCAGAGUAAUUACUCGAUCGGUCACUUCCAACAUCACGACUACCGCGGCGAAAGCCUUGGCCUUUGAGCCAGCUACGCCAUAUUCAACCUGCAUAGAGUCCCAGCAAUCCCAAAUUGGAAGCGGGUUUAGCAUGCAGAUCAACACGAACGACGCGAUGUGGAGUUACUUUAGAUACUCCUUCCUCUUCUUCAUAGCCAUGAUAGUUACCUGGACACCAUCAUUUAUCAAUCGAAUUUACGGUCUGGUCAAUUCUGGAAAACCAAAUUUCGGCUUGAAUUUGGCUGGAGCGUUUGUCCUCUCUCUGCAGGGGUUUUGGAACGCCAUUAUUUACACAUCCACUGCGCUCCCAAUAUUAAAGUCCCAGUGGGCUUCCAAUGUUACAUCCAAAACAGACUGGAGGCCAUCUAGGGGAUUCGUUGAGAGAGAGACUGCCGAUAUCACGCUCGAGGACGCAGGAUUUGAUGGGAGGUCUAAUACAGGCAGCACACUAUCUUUAGCGAUCUGUUCACCAGUUCAGUAA